UCACAGUACUCCCAUCACCAUCUACGCACACAUACACGCACACAGGAAAGGCAGAGCCAUGCACUCGGUUGGCUGCACGGACUUACCCAGCUGCGGCCCUCUGAAUCCUCGUGUGUGCCAUAGAGAUGGACGAUGUCCGGGCAGGUCCUGCAGGCCUUCAUCAUCUCUAUCUCCUUCUCGAUAUUCUGAUGUGAGGUGCGGUCGCAUUUCGUGAUCUUGAUAGCACGGACCUCGUUGCUGCCCUUCUGUUUUGCCCGAAUGACCCUGGAGUUGGCGCUCUGCAUAGAGAAAGAGACGUCACACACGAGGCGAGGGGGCGCGAAAGUUGUUUGAUUGCUGACCUUUCCCACUACAUCAUAAGUCGUGUAAAUCUCGGUGGGAUCUUGAGCCUUUGACGAAGUGACAGGUGCCGCCAUUCAUCAAAGGUGUCUCCAAAGGAACAAGAGGAGCGCGAGCUUGAGCUCGCACAAAGGUGAAUUGUGGGA